CACCUCAUACACACACAAAAGCGACUCAAUAAUCUGAUUAUGGAAUCAAUCACACCCGCAGCUCCCUGACGGUAGCUACGACUUGCUGCACCUCCCCCGACACCUGCACAGGCAGAUUCCGGUACACCUCAUCCCACAGGUCCUCCUCCUGACUCAGCGACCCGCCCCAACCGUCCUCCCGCAGCUUCGCCAGCGGCCCCACCAGCAGCAGCUUCCCCGGCCCCUCCCGCGCUAUCAGGUACUCGGCGUAGGCCCGUCCGAAAGCCAGCAGCCGCCCCAGCAUCACGUGCCGCCACAUGGCCUUGCUGUGAGUGUCGUUCUCUGCUGCUGCCAUUCCCAUGGUGUCUGUGUCGAAUGCGCCGUCGAUUGCGAUGAUGAAGCAGCGGAAUAGGUCGAUGAGGGAGCCGGUGAAGGCCUUGCGGGCGUCGUUGGCCUGCUCCUCCUCUCUGGCCACGCCACCCUCUGUCUCCAUGGCCGUGGCCUCUCCCUCGUCCUUCAUCUCGCCGCCGUCCGCUGUGCUGUCCAUCUGCAUGGCCCCGCUGGUGAUCUGCCGCUUGUUCUGGCGGCGUGCGAUGCGAUAGGCAUCGAGUUUCUCCUCGAGCUCGAUGAAGCACCGCUGGAUGGUCGUCUCGACCAGCUCCCACACCGACCCACUCAGACACCACGCAUCCGUUACGCCAGCGAGGUCGCGGCCGAUGCCCGCAGCCAGGGCCUCUAUCUCCUUGUCGGGGUCAUCGGCCACCGCUGCGUACUCGGGCUCGCUGUCGACGGCCAGGAGGUGGAGCAUGAAGGGGUUGGCCGAGAGGGGCAGGGGCUCGUGCUGGUCCUUGAGGGUGAUGCCGAAGAAGAGGAAGUAGAGCAGGCCUUUGGGCGAGAGCACGCCCAGCUCCAGAAGCUGCUUGGUGACCAGCUCCAGGCGCAGCGGGCAGUGGCGGUAGAAGUCGAACACCAGCCCCACCAGCAGCCACUCGAAACCCAUGGCCACCCGCACAUCCACCUCGACCUCGGGCACCAUGUCGGCCGGCUCCUCCCCCCCUCCCUCCCCCUCCCCCUCUCGUUGCUGCUGCAUGUCCUUCUUGGCUUGAUAUGUGCGCCAGGCGACGGGGGUCAUGCCCUUGAGCACCGGGUGGUAGAGGGUGAAGAGGCGGUUCGAGUGGGUGAGGGUCUUGCUGCCGUGGCCCAGGAGCGUCUUCAUGACCAGACACACCAGCCGACCAUGCGUCCACACGGGGCCGGUGGGAUGAGGGGUCUCGUGUGCCGCCUCGUUGUGCUGCAUCUCUGCCUCUGCCUCUGCCUCCACAUCCAUUGCUCCGGCGUUGUCACCGUUCACCGCCUCGCCUCCCUCUGCUGGCUGUUCCUCCUUCACCGCAGCCCCCUCUGGCCCAUCGUCCGACCGCCGCUUCUUCCUGGCCGGCUCCUCCCCCUCCCCCUUGUUGUCCUCUCUGGGCGGCUCCAUCUUGACCGUCGCGGGCUGCCCCUCCAGGCCAUGCAGGUACUCGAGCACCUCCUCGCACACCACGGACGGGGAUCUCUCGGUGCGGAAGGGGAACCUAUGACGCAGCUCGGUGGCCUCCUCACACGUCUCGAAGAAGGCCAGUGGGUCGGCCGACUCCCCCUCACCCUCCACCCCUUCAACCCCCUCUUGCCCCUCCUGGUCUCCCACCAUGUGUGAGGUGCCACUUGGCUUGCGAGAGUGGAGGAAGGGCAGGGGCUCGGGGGGCAUGUAUGGGUGGACAGAUGGGGGCAGCACCUGCAGCAGGUUGCCGUGGAACCACAGCCGCACCAGGCGCUCCAGCACCCGCUUGAUGAACCGCAGCAGGUGGGGCGGCGGCCGCUCGCCAACCACCAACCACUGGCUCCACUCCCACCCAUGCCUGUCGCUCUCCUCACUGCCACCCACGGCGGCAGCCUCCCGCGGAGAUGCCCCCUCAUCGCCUCGGCCGCCCUGUCGGCGGUCGAGCUUCUCGAGAAUAGGCGCCAGGUAGAAUGCGAAGGAGUCCGCGAAGCGCUCGAACGCCACUUCGUCAAAGUCGGCCAUCUUCCUGGCGAUCGAGAGGAUGGCUUUCUCGAGGGGCGUUUUGAUUGACUUUUGCAGCAGUGCGAGAUGCUGGAAGAGGCGGAAGUAGAAGAUGGGGAGUGAGGGGGGGUAGGGGAGGGUGAGCAUCUGGGUGAGGAGUGUCUCGACCAGGAUGUACUCGAACUGCGGGUGGCUCAGGGGCAGCCGCAGCAGCUGACGCGCGCACUCGUUGAGGUCGCCCGAGAAGGUCGACACCGUGCACCAACACAACUCGUCUACCAACCACCUGAUAUGAUCCCAUCAAAACACACACACUCACACGGACACACAUCAGACACCUACCGACCAGCCGAGUUUGUGCGUGUGUCACACUCCACUCACCUGUCGUAAUCUGGCAUCGGGGUGUCGACGGACGCAAUGGUCGAGGGAAUCGGACAGCACACGGACGGCACCCACGGCCGCCGCUGCAAGUCCGCCCCACUCACACUCAAGCUCAGCCCAGACAUUGCCGCAUUCCCACCCUCAGCCGUCUCCUCGCCGCCCUCCACGCCGAUCUCCUUGGCGAAGUUGGGGCUCUCCGACAGCCGCAGGAUGGCUUUGCACUUCCAGUCUUCCCGCGCCAUCGACUGCAGGGCCUCGUAGAGAGUCUCAAGGCGGUCGGGGGUGGGCACGGCGCUCAGGAAGCUGCCACUGCCGCUGCCGCCCUCGGCUGAGCGGACUGGCUCGAGAGCCCGCUUCCAGGGGGCCUCUCGCGACUGCAUGUGGGCCACUGCUUGCUCCAGCAAUGUGUCGAUGCGGCCACGGUGAGACGUAAAGCUGCAUAGAUAAACACAACCAACAGCAGAGUAGCAUGCAGUGCAGGCAUGAGUAGCCCUCCGUUGCCUUGCCACUGUCCUCUCUCCGUGUUAACUACUACUUACAUGGGAGAGUUGAUCCAGGGCAGUGUGGCCAGUGCGAGGAACACGCACAGGUCUCCCCCCUCGUUGGCGGGCACAUGCAGCUGCGCCGGAAGGGUGAGCAGGUGCUGCAGGAGGUCGAACAGGUGGUCGGGGAGGAUGACACUCACAUUGGCCAGCUCAGCAAGGAACCGCAGCAGCAGCAGCGCCUGGGUCGGCCGGUGCCCCUUGAGCGCCGUGUCGAGCUCAAAGAUGGUCUUCUCCACCACUUUCCUGCCGAACGCCGCGUACUUGCGUGCGAAUCCGACGACGAAUGCGGCGUAGAUGCUGCUCUUGUGCGGGAGGUGCAUGGCGCACUCGACGACCAUGCGGAGGAUGAGAUCUCCCCUGUCGGCCUUGGUGUAGUCGUCCUCGAUGGCCCCGAUGAGGCCCUUGAUCUGCUGGAACAGCUUGCCUGAGGAGUCGCCCACGUGAAUGAUGAGCUUGCGGAUGCGGCCGCGGUCGUCCUCUGGACCACCGCCAUAGCCACCUCUGUCGCGCCGAUCGCCACGAGGAUAGUACGACAUCUUCCUC